CAUCCUGUACACUGGUACGUUUUAUCCGCCGACAACGAUAAACAAGAAAAAUGGCCGAGAAGUAUCAGUUACCUGUGAUCGAUUUGGCGAAAGCGAAAACCAACAGACAGGAAUUAGCCGAGAUUGUCGUGGAUGCCCUUGAAAACACUGGCUUUCUGUUUAUUGACAAUGCUGAAGGUAUUGACUUUGAUAAAUUGUACAUGUGUUGUCAAUGGUUCUUUACACAACCAGACGAAACAAAAAGAGGUUUGCUUAGGAAAUUUUGGAAUUCCGAAAACUCCAACAUUUAUCGCGGAUAUUUUCCUGUGGGGAAAGAUGAGCCCAGUAGAAAGGAAGGGUUUGAGUUUGGAAAAGACAUCGAUCCGAAUGAUCCCGAGGUUGCACCCGGGAACUGGUUCUAUGAACCAUCAGUAUGGCCGAAAGAAGAUGGCAGCUUUCCUUUCAAAGCAUUCCUAUUGGACACCUACGAGGCCAUGCACCUUGUGUCUCUAGAGAUUUUAAAACUUGCGUCAAUCGGUCUAGGAAUCGACGAGAUGUCUUUUGAUGAUAUGUUUUCUAAACGGCCAUGCUCCACUUUUCGUUUAAUCCACUAUCCACCUUGGGAAGGCAAUCCCCCAACAAAUGCUCGCAUCGAAGAUGGGAAAGUUGUGACGACCCCCGAUCACACAGACUCUAACUUUCUAACACUCCUGACUACAUUUCAAUUCAAAGGUUUAGAGGUUCUCACUACAGAAGGAAAGUGGGCGGAGAUUGAGCCCCGUCCAAAGACUCUCAUCAUGAACAUAGGGGAUGUCUUUUCGCGCAUGAUGGGUAGUCGCUUCAAAGCAACACGACAUCGGGUAAUCGAUAUCGGAAUUGAUCGAUUUUCCGUUCCGUUUUUCCUGGAGCCACAAUAUGAGGGUGAUAUUGGUGUGAACUUCAUGACCAAGGCCACUGGAGAGGGGGAGGAACAUAUUGCAGAGAAAUACGGUCCAUGGGCAAUCUACCAAAUGAAGCAUUUAAAGAAGUAUUUUGAGUACAGAACAUUGCCUGAAUUUUGACUUAUUUAAUAACCAGACUGUCCUCAGUGUGAGAUGUUUGAUUAUAUAAGGACAUCACCAGACUGUCCUCAGUGUGUGAGAUAUUUGAUUAUAUAAGGACAUCACCAGACUGUCCUCAGUGUGUGAGAUAUUUGAUUA